GGUGUACGGUUCACAGUGUCCGACGUAUACGCUUACGGUUAUAUAAUGCUGAGCUUGAUAUCCAAGAGACUCACUACAAUAGAGGGCCUUAGCAAUGAGGAGCCCCUUGUGUCUGAAUGGGCAUUUGAAGAAUGUGAGAAACAAAUGUGCAAGGGAGGCAGUUGCUCACUUGUGGAUGUCAGCCUGAAGACGCAUGAUGGUUUCAAUCACAAUGAUGGAGUUCAACUUACAAAGUUGGGGUUGGAGUGUAUAAAUUCGGAGGGGUUUAAACGUCCUACAAUGAAGCAAGUUGUGAAGCGCCUACUCAACUUGCGUGUCCUACGCACUCAUCACCAAGAACUAGGAAUCAAGCA